CUUGUUGUUGUUUUUAUGUUCUUUUUUUUCUUGGGUCUUUGUAUUGUUAUUGAAGCUUGCACUGUUAUUGGUCCUACAAGAAUUUGUAUUAUAAUGUCAAAUAAAGAACAAAAACCAAUUGUGUAUGAAUUCAUUGUAGGGAUUGCAGAAGAAGAAGAUGUAGGCAGGUGGAGGUUAUGGUUUUGUUGUCUGCAGGAAGUGGUGCCUGAGAGACUGCGCUCAGGGCCUGCAAGCUUCAGCAUCUUUAAAGGGCCAGCCCAGUGUGGAGCCUUGCAGCUGGCUCAUGGACAGACUGGGGUUGCUGGGAAUCGAAACUUAACUGGGGACUGUGAAUUCAGACACGAGCCCUCAGCGGGUUUCUUCCUCCUCGGCUCGCUGUUUAUCAGCGUCAGCACGACCUCUCAUCUGCCGAGCGUUUUUCCGUCUUUUUCCCCUUCGAACACGAAAUGACACGCUUUUAAACUUUGCUUCAGUUCAAUGAACUUCCUCACUUCAUCAGGUAGGUGUGUCUGAACUUGGCCGAGUUGGCCCAGUCGCGCCGUGAUAUCCGAGGAAACAUGCAGGGUCAGGGAUUUGCGUGCUGGACGUUUGGGCAAAUAGUUCAUAGUGAAUGAACACGAACACGGGCUCGUGAACAAGCAUGGACCCUGCCAGACAGAAACGCAAGGAGGAGAUAAGCAAAUCUCUGACAUUUAUACAGUCUUCCCUGGCUUAUCCAGAGCCCGAGGGCUACCAGGACUUACUGACCCAGUUAGUGUGCAACCUGCUUGAUGAGGGCAAUGCCUUGUUCAGGGACAGAGACUGGGAGCAGGCGGUGAGAGAGUUCAGUGAAGGCUUGAAUGUCUCGCGCUACGCUGCAGCAGAGGAGCUCCAGAUCCCCGAAGUUUUGCUGGAGAGCCUGUAUGUCAACCGGGCCGCUGCCUACCACAGUAUGGGUCAAUAUGAUCGAGGCGUGAAGGACUGUGACCGAGCUCUGAAAGUGUGUAAGGAAAGCCGCAAGGCCCUGUACAGGAAGGCACUUUGUUUGAAGGAGCUUGGGAAGUACAGGGAGGCCUACAACUGCACCACAGACUGUCUGCUCAUCACUCGCCUGGACAAACAGGUGAAUGAGCUCGCACAGGAGCUGGCCAUCCAUCUGGGACUAAAAAAUCGCAAACCCUAUGUCAGCGCAAAGGAACAAGCACUUAUCACGAGAGGUGUCGCAAAUGGAAACAUAACUUCUGAAACCAUCACGGUGUCUGGUGCUCAUUUAGGAAAUGGUACAAAUCCUCUGAGUGGCCUUGCACCAGUUAGCUUUCCCAGCAUGCCUGAGUCCUCCUUUCCCUCCACAACUCCCAGCUGCCGCCAACCUGCUGUCUCCUCAGUACCUGACACGGCGGACACUUUGGAGGACUCUGAGCUGAUGGGAGAUGACUUAGACAGCCUGCUCGACUGCUUCCCUAAUGAGCAGGAGCCAACUGAGGCCCACACACAGGCAGUAUUCCCAGUCCCCAGCACGUCAUCCACUUGCACACACACCGUUCCUUUUGUAUUGCCCGCCCCGACACCCCAGCUACCCCCGGCCUUCUUCAGCUCGACUGUCAGCCAACUCAACUCCCUGGACUCCUUUUUAGGUGGUGGGCGCAGCACCACAACAGCGACACUGGAUGCCUUAGAUGACCUCUCGACCUCUGGAAUUGGUGGCGCAGGCGCUCCAAACUUAGAACUGACCUCUGUGGCGCUGGACGAUCUGGAUGGCCUUGAUUCCCUGGAUGACUUCUUGGAUACGACUCCAAGUGCCGCUGCUGCCGAGAAUGACUCCAAAGUAGAACUGGACGCAGGGGAAAAGUCUCUUGAUGAUUUGCUAGAUGAACUAGAUCCCCUGGAGACUGUCUCUGAUCCAGGUGGUCAGAGUGGUGAUGUCCCUAAACUUGGUGUGAAAGCUGUGGACCUGGCUGACUCCCUUGAUGCCCUGGACUUGUUUCCCUCAGAUAAAGGUGUUGGGGCAGUUUUUCCAGCAAUUUCCUUUGGGGGAACAGGCCUGGACUUGCUCUCAGAUUUCAGCUCAACUGGUAACACAGACUCUCACAGUGCCGCAGCUCCAGUAAUGCGAUCUCCAAAGAAUAACUACAAAGAGAGGAAUAACCAAGUGCUGGUUGCAGUCUCUCACCCCCUGUCCUCCACCCAUGAGUUCCUGCAGGCCUGCUCUGCCUGUUUCCCUCGGACAGGUCAAGGGAUAUAUACUUUUGUUCACAAGCCAGACCUGGUCCACAGCUGUAAGGGAGACAUUCUGUUAUGUAGACGAAAGGCAGGUCAUCCUUCGGAGUGGACCCGAGUGCGACCGCUUCCUACCUGGACUUCCUUCAGUGGGCCGUUUGUACUUUGCAGAGAGCUGCUGAAAUCCGGGGAUGUGGGCCUGUGUAAGUACAGAGAGAAAUGCAAUUUUGCCUUCAACCAGCUGGAGAUCGACGUUUGGACAGAGGAGAGGAAGGGGACGUUGGACCGAAACCUGCUGUUUGAAACAGCAGCUGUCAAACUGGACCCUGUGAACAGCAUCAUACGCCUUCUACAGGAAAACAAGGGCAUGUUCAUGUUCCUUUGUCAGGAAUGCUAUGACAGUAAACCUAGAAUCAUCAGUAAGCGCUGCAAAGACAACCACACCAUCUGCUCCAACUUAGAUGCUCGCCACACCUUCGAUGCCAAUAAGUGCUUGGCAUUUGUGGUUAGGACACACAGUGUGAGCUACAGAAAAGUACGUCCGCUGAGCGUCCUGUGCCACUUGGAUUUGUGCCGCCAAGCCAUCCGGUGCUGCUGCCAGAGAGAGGACAGCUGCCAUUAUGCCCACUCCGUCAUAGAGCUGAAAACCUGGAGGGUGCAGAGAGACACAGGUAUCAGCCCUGAUGAGAUUGUGAAAGUAUCCACAAAGUAUAAUGACAAGCAGGAGCAAAACUCAAGCAAACAGAAAGGAAAUAGAUUGUCCUUUGGAGGUGGUGGGAGCAAACCAAGAGGAGGAGUUGGGAAGAGUCUGAACAUGAAGAUGAAGUUUGCCUGUGGUCAGUGCUGGCGGGAUGGUCUGAUCAGUGAACCAGACAAAACCCUCAAGUACUGCAUUGCCAAGGCCAGGCACGCGUGGACUAAAGAGAGAUGGGCACUGCUGGUCAAGUCCUUGGAGAGAAGUAAAUGGGUUCAGGUCCGACCGCUGCCACAUGCCAAGAACUUCCCUGUGCAAUAUGAUAUAUGUACCCAGAUCUUGGAGAAAAGGAAAUGUAACUACACUGGGAAAUGCACCUUUGCUCACAGCCAAGAGGAGAAGGAGAUGUGGAUGUAUAUGAAGAAUAAUGACUUGCGGGACAUGCAGCAGAUAUAUGACAUGUGGCUGACAUUAACCGCCCACAACCGCCAAUCAGAUGGAGCCAUGCUCACACAGCCCGUCCCAGAAGAGAAAUACAUCGUCAUGCCUACUGACUAUGCUGAACCAAUGAAUGGCUUUCACUGCCGUCUGUGUGGUAAGCACAGUAACAGUAUGCGGCAGUGGCAGCAGCACAUCUCCUCUGAGAAGCACAAGGACCGAGUGUUCAGCUGUGAGGGAGAAGACGAAGCUCUGACGUGGAGCUACCGUUUCCCUGGCGCAUGCUUUGAACUCUGCCCCAAGUUGGAUGGCAGCUGUCCUGACGGUGUGAGCUGCGACUAUGCCCACAGCCCAGAGGAGUUGCAGGAGUGGACUGAGAGACGGGAUUUCCUGCGACAGAAGCUGGCCAGAGCCAGGGAAGACAUGCUCAUUAUGCCUGAUGAGUUUGACUUUGGGAAGUUCAACUUUCUACUUCAGGACUGAGAAGAAUUUUAUUAAAAUUAUUAUUUUUUUGACUUUGUGAGCCGGUAACUGCCAAACUAGCCUUUCAAAACCAAAAUCAGCAGGUGACGUGAUCAAACUAGAAGUGAGUACAAUUUACCAAAACAUCAUUUUGAAAUAUGAAGCAUGUGUAUUUUCCUCCCCAAACAUGUCCUAUACUCUUUACUUUAAACUGGUAAAUAUUUUAAUUUCUUCUAACAGUGUAUGGAACAUUUUUAGAGCUGCUUGUAUUGUCUGUUCUGCUAAAACGUCAUGGGAAAAAAAAAAAAAGUACUCAGUGUUGUGAAAGUAAGGCUCAUGUUGGUGCCACUGAAAAACACAACAGAUACAAACACACACCAUUCAUCUCUGAAUAUUCAUUAUGGGUUACAUAUUUACCAGACAUGCAGCCUUUAGUGUGCUCUGACCCAUGUGCCAUCCACGCAAAAUUAUUUUGUUCUUUUCCCUUCUGUUUGAGCAGGGAAUAUCAAAGAGUGUUUUCAGUCCACCGUUCACUAAGAGACAGGGUGUUCAAAGGCUUUACUGUGCAUUAAAAUACUCUCAAAGUCUCAACGUUUAACACAAAUAAAAAUGGUCAUGUUCAGUUCUGAUUUGUGAUCAAGCAAAGACAUAUCUGUUUUUGGUGGUAUUAUUUGACUUUGUGUAUUUUUAUGUGGAGCGUAUGUGUGUUAUUCUGGUAUGUAUUAUUUUCAUCAUCAGAGAAGGUUGUUUCCAUAUUGGCCAAAUUGUUAUUAUGAGACUAAUAGCUUUGUUCAUUGUUUAACUAAAUGAGAAGUAAAUCAAGUGAAGCACUGUUUCUCCAGUUAGACCUGUGAACUGUGUAAAGGGUUGAAAAAGAAUAUGCAGGACAGAAAUAGUUUACAAAAAGGAACAUUAAAACUCAGUACAGUUUAUCAGGUAAUAUACUUGCUGUGUAUGUUAAUGGCAGGAAUGUGUUUCUAUGUUUGUGUAUGAAAGUGUGUUAUGUGCCAUAUAUUGUAUGUUUUGGAAAAAUAAACUAGGUAAGUUGAAUAAAAAGA